GCUGCUGCUACUGCGAGAGAUCCGAUCCAUAGAGACAGGGGGAGAGCCGAACCAUCCGAUCCACACAGAGGGGAGAGCCGAACCAUCCGAUCUAUAGAGAGGGGAGAGCCGGACCGGACCAUCCGAUCCAUACAGAGGGGAGAGCCGGACCAUCCGAUCCAUACAGAGGACUGAGCACGAGAUCCGGACCGUCCGACCCAUAGAGAGGGGAGAGCCUCACAUCCGGGACCCCACCGACCGCCGUUGGCUCGCAGAAACCUGAAAAUGUUGCCCUCCACUCGUCACCCCCGACCUGCGCUUUCCAAACUGCCUCGUCCAGGGAAGUCGGUGUUUGAAGAAAAUGUUCGCCCCGGAAAGGAGGACUGCACACAGACAAAGCGCUCCCCUUCCUCCCCACAGGGAGGUGCAAAAAAGAGAUCUGCGUUUGGAGACAUCACCAAUGCACAUAAAAACCAACAACUGCUUCAGAAAAAGAAAGACGGGCAGAAGGUUCUGAAGAAGACAAAAGGCACCGCAAAAAAUAAUGAAACCAACCUCAAAAGAGCUACAAAAAAGGUUGCCACCAUAGAGGUGCCUGAAGAUGUAAAAGAUACCACUGUGACCAGCGAAGAAGUGACGCCACCGAAAAAGCAAGAGGAGCAGCCUGUAGAGCAGACCUUGCCUAAAGAUGUUGAAGACAUUGAUAAAGAUUCGAUGGAUGACCCGUUCGCCAGCUCCGAGUAUGCCUUGGACAUAUUUAACUACAUGCGUUCCAGAGAAGAAAAAUUCAUACUGCCCAAUUAUAUAGAUGUACAGCGUGACAUCAGUAAGGAGAUGAGAGCGAUCCUGGUGGACUGGGUGGUGGAAGUGCAGGAGAAUUUUGAGCUGAACCACGAGACUCUCUAUCUGGCGGUAAAGUUGGUGGACCAUUACUUGGCCGCCUUCGUAAUUGCAAGGGAAAAGUUGCAGCUCAUCGGUUCUACGGCUGUGCUCGUGGCAUCCAAAUUUGAGGAACGUUGCCCGCCCUGCUUGGAUGACUUCCUCUAUAUAUGCGAUGAUGCGUACAAGAGGGAGGAGCUGAUUGCAAUGGAGAUGGAUAUGCUACAGAAGCUGAACUUUGACAUAAAUAUCCCCGUUCCUUAUCGCUUCCUGCGUCGCUUUGCAAAGUGUGCCCAUGCCAAUAUGGAGACUCUGACACUCGCCCGGUACAUAUGUGAACUCACAUUGCAAGAGUACGACUUUGUGCAGGAGAGGGCUUCCAAGCUGGCGGCCAGCUGUUUGUAUCUUGCAAUGAAGAUGAAAGACCUGGGCGGAUGGACAGCCACACUUCAGUAUUACAGCGGAUACCCAGCUACAGAUUUGUUGCCCCUUAUGAAGAAGCUAAACUCUCUGCUCAAGAAUCAGCCAAACGAUAAGCUGAAGGCUGUAUAUAGUAAAUACACACACCGAGUAUUUUUCGAAGUAGCAAAACUCCCCGCUCUAGACAUGAGGCGGUUAGAAGAAGAAGAGGAGGAAUCCAACAGAUAACCCUCAUCACCCCCUUCCUCCUUCCUGCAGAGAAUCUUUGCUUUUGUAUAUAGAAUGUAAAUAUAUGUAUGUUUUAUCUUCACUUAUGGAUGACUGAUUUGUCUUUUUUGUACAGAUGCUUAAAAUAUCAUUGUCCAUAUUAUUAUCCAAGUAUGAUAAAAAAAAAGUGUAAUAUUUUGUAAAAAGAAAAACACAUUCUGAAUAUUUGAGCUUCCCUUCCCCCACCUUUUUUUUUUAAUUACCUGCCUAGCUGUUAGUAUCUUUUUGGCUUCUUUUGAGUGAAAAAAGGCAACUGGAUCUGUUGCAAUGUUCAGUCCAUCUGCAUGUCCUAACAGGAUAAUUACAUUUUUUAUUUUUAUUCGUGAAAAGAGAUGAGUCAUCAAAUUCCAUUUGGCUUAAGUAUUAAAAUUGCUAUUUUUUAUUUGCAAGUCUUUUAAAAUUGGACCAUUUAAGAAGUUUUUCGCUUAUCAAGCCUGUGCACUUGUUUAAGAAGGAACUGCCAUUUUAUAAAAAAAAAAAAAAAUAUUGGAACACCUUGCUUUAGCUUUUCAGGGUGAUUCAAAUGUAAUUAAAAAAAAUGAAUAAAACUGAACUUUUUCUUCAUGGAUGGGAGCAAGAGAUUAAU